AUGACUCUGAAGGAGGAAUUCGCGACUAGAAACUUCAGUAUCUACGGGCAAUGGCUCGGAGUGCUGUCAAUGAUUCUAGGCUUUGCUCUCGGCAUUGCAAAUAUCUUCACUUUCAACAUCGUCAUCAUUAUCUUUUGCGCGCUACUGCUUCGAGUCAAACCUCAAGAGCUGACCAACUGUGUCCCCUCGGGGCCUCCCUACAGCGCAUCCGCCUUCAUCAUCUUGUUCAUCGAGGUCCCGCUCCUCCUGCGCAUCUGCCCCACGUCGAGCACUUUCGACAGCUACGUGCGCAGAAUCUCGACAAACUACAUGCGCGCCGCGGCCUAUGGUGUGAUGGCUAUCAUCCAGUGGCUCAGCAUCAUCCCCAAGGCCACAUCGCUCAUUGCCGAGGCCAUCGUGCUUACCGCCACCGCGCUGUGCUACCUCCUGGCCGCGGUGAAGCACCAGCAGUUCGUCGGCUCCAAGACGCUGGGCGGCGCCGGCGUGGCACAGAUGAUCGUAUAAUCGCGAGGAGGAAGAUAGCUGAUUGAUGUGGCCAGCUGGAAGUAGCUGGCUGGAAUUGGACCCUAUGUUAUGAGAGGGGGAGAUGUUUCCUGUUGUAGUGCUGGCCUUGCUCGGCUCUUUGUGUGCUUUGGGCAAGGAGCAGAGAUCAAAAUGAAGAUUGAGCCCAGCCGGGACUUAUGACGUGAGAACGAACCUGGUGUGUGUUACCAGAAGAUGUCUCCUGGCUGAAGACUGUCGGAUUGGUGGGUUGAUUUUCUUGUUACACUUCUAAAAGGAGAAGGAUGGGGCGAAAUGAAUUGAGAGGUAUUCUUGCGGUGUGUACAGAGGAUAGGAAGGACCCUCCCUCUUAUGGGUGUGGCACUGCAAGACCGCAUCCUCGGGAAUGGUACGAUGGCGUCUAUGGUUUUGCUACCACUGGCUGUUGCGGUUUCUUUCUUUUCUCUCUCAUUACUUUUUUUUCAGACCCAAGGGAGAGAGUUAUUGAAGAAUAUCUUUUUUCCCUCC